GCGCAAGGAGGGUCUGUGCGGCACUAGGCGGGUCUAGGCGGCGCUAGGCGGGUCUGGGUGCCAGGGUGGGUCUGGUUCUUUAGGAUUUAGGGUUUGGGUGCCAGGGUGGGUCUGUCGUAUUUUUUCCGGGUACGUGUGCCAUUUUCUUCGUUGAAGCCGAUAUUUCGAGCAAGAACUGUAUCAGAUGCACCACCUUUUGAACCCAGGAAUAUUGCGUCAUUGUAGGCACAGUUCUGCAGCCACUAUAUUUUAGUCUAUUCUUUCACUUCAUUUUCUUCUAUGUUUAUUGAUGGGAUUCAAAAUUAUAGCAAGUUUGAAUUUGAUGGGAAACUGAAUCCUACUUUUGUGGAAGGGGCAUUUAAGCUCCCAUUAUCAAGCAUACGAGCAUAUCUAAAAGAGCCUAUUACUCCCAGGCUCGUGCGCGGAGGUUCUGCAGGAAUUACCCGACCUGACAGGCCUGGACUUGAUCUAAGUAAACAACCUCCUGCUGUUCGCUUAAACAAGGAAUUGGAUUUUAUCCUGACAUUCAAGUUGAAGGAGGAGGAUUUAAUACGGGAAAGUGGAAUACCAUAUACAAUUGUGAGGCCUUGUGCAUUAACUGAGGAGCCUGCCGGAGCAAAUCUCAUUUUUGACCAAGGAGACAAUAUAACGGGUAAGAUAUCAAGAGAGGAGGUUGCUCAUAUUUGUGUUGGUGCGUUGGAAAGCUAUGCGUCUGGCGAGACAUUUGAGGUUAAAAGUGUUGUGCCAUUUAGUGAGCCAUUUACAGUGGACCCUCAAAAUCCACCCCCCGAUAAGGACUACAAUGUUUACUUUAAAACUUUGAAAGAUGGAAUUACAGGAAAGGAAAUCCUCGAACAAGAUCCUGUACCAGUGUAAUGUUUUGCAUACAUAGAGCUCUAAUUUCAACCUUAACUCUGUGUACAUACUCGUAGCAGAUGAAAAGCAGAGGCUUCUACGGGAACAUACAUAAGCGAC